AUGCGUGCAGAAAAGCGUGCGUUUGUGCACUCACUCUGUCAGUACUACUAUAUACACUCGGAAUCCGUUGACCCCGAACCGAAUCGAUCAUGCCUUCUCACAAGGACGCCAAAAAUUCGCAUCCCAGUUCCGUUGCUUAGUGAGGCAGUUGCUGAAGAUGAGAAGCAUAAUCCGUCGAACUUCGUAAAGGAAAUUUGCGGAAAUAACGAGCUGUUUUAUAGUCGUGUGAUCGUCAUGAAGGGUGAGAAUGUGAAUACUGUUUCGGUGUCUCGUGUCUUGGAGGAAUUCAUUGGCGAUUUUGUAUGUGAUGCAGAGGAGAUGCUGUCGGAUGGUACGAAGCGACUGAAGGUUUUUUUUACCCAUCAGACUAAGCAGCAGCACGCGUACCGACACCUUCGCAGCACUGGACCUCCAUUUCAGUUCUUCAUCCCACGCAUGACUGAAGAGCAACCUUUAAAAGAGAAAAAGGUUCUAGGCUCCUCCUCUUGGGCAAACUCGGUUUGGUGCAGGAGGAAUAAUCCAAAAUGA